AUGUUUGCAUCUCGCAAACUUCUGUCACUGUUUUGUCUCCUUCUGCCUGGCCUCGGACUCCGCUAUGAUCCUGAACAUGAGGGAUGGAAUCUAAAUUUGAACCAAAACGCGAUCGAUCCGUUGGACUAUUGGGGAGAAUGGGAUAAUCACACAUUCAAUCCUUCGCCGAGAACUUGGCGCUUUCCCUUCUAUUGUAUCACGCUGGAUCGAUACGUUGACGGCGACCCUACAAAUAAUCUGGCAAAUGGCACCAGUUUCGAGCAUGACUGGACGAGCAAUCAGUUCCGAUUCGGUGGAGAUACCAAGGGGAUGAUGAACAAUCUUGACUAUAUACAGGGAAUGGGCAUCAAGGGACCAUUAUCUGACUUCGAACAGGCUAUCUACUUCUCUGGAACUCCGUUCAUCAACAUGCCAUGGAGCAGCGAUGGAUUCGGAGCACUCGAUUUCACGCUGCUCGACCACCACCAUGGAAAGAUUGAAGACUGGAGAGCUCUGAUCUCAGAAAUACAUAGCCGAGGAAUGUACGUGAUAAUGGACAACACUCUCGGAACCAUGGGGGAUCUACUCCAAUGGGUUGGAAACGAGAAUGUAACCGCACCUUUCAAGUGGGACGAGUACGACGUUCGUUACAAGUCUACUCGACAGUACCACGACUUCGCGAUCGGAAACAAUGUCAACACGACCUGCAACUAUCCGCGUAUGUGGGGAGAGGACGGGUAUCCUCUCAAUAACCAAACUGUAUUGGAUGCUAUAGGGCGGCCUUGCAAGGACAGCGAGUUCGAUCAGUAUGGCGACAUGAAGGGCGUCGGUGAAGUUCCAGUAUGGGAAACUCAGCUCGCCAAGUUCGCAGGUGUCCAGGACCGCCUUCGGACAUGGCGCGAAGAUGUUCUCGCCAAGAUCAAUCAUUUUUCUUGCAUGCAAAUUGCUAUGCUGGAUUUGGAUGGGUUCAGGAUGGACAAAGCUGCACAAACGCCUGUUGAUGUGCACGCCCGAUUUUCCGACUACCAAAGAGCAUGUGCAAAACGCUAUGGCAAGGAUAACUUUCUCAUCGUUGGCGAAGUCGUUAGUAAGAUUCCGUAUGCUUCCCUGAUCAUCGGGCGCGGGAAACAGCCAGACAUGCCUUUCGACAACUUUACACAGGCAGUUGCGGCCGUCGCUCCUAGGGACGAUGACAAUUACCUCCGGAAGUUCGGAUCUGUUGCUUUGGAUGGAGAUGCGUUCCAUUACCCGUUUUAUGGUGCGAUGACUCGGUUCCUUGGCUUGGAUGGUCCAAUAGGUCUGGAAGGUGUUGACUUCGUCAAGCUCUGGCAUGACCUCCUUCUGCACACCGACAUGGGCAAUGCGUACACUGGUGCAUUUGACCCACGGUUCUUGUGGGGUAUGACCAACCAGGACGUGUUUCGAUGGCCCGCUCUCGUCAAUGGCACGCAACGCCACAUUCUGGGGCUCACCAUUGCUAAUCUAUUAAUGCCCGGCGCACCUUUUCAACUCUGGGGUGAGGAGCAAGAAUCAUACGUCUUGGAGAAUCAGGCGAGCGACUACAUCUUUGGACGUACUCCCAUGGCUUCACAGCGUGCCUGGCAGCUUCACGGUUGCUACAAGAUGGGUGCGGAGGUCUACGUGGAUAUGCCAUUCGAAAAAGCACUCCACGGCUGCAAAGAUGAUUCCGUCAGUCUUGACCACCGCGACCCAUCACAUUUCAUGCGCAAUAUCCUCAAACGCCAUUAUGAACUCCGGGACCAGUACGCCGUGCUGAAUGACGGCGCUUAUCUUGAGACUUUGUCAGAGCAGACUGUUAAUAUCUAUCUCAACGGCAGUAUGGGCUUGCCGUCACCCACCGGAAUCUGGAGUGUCUAUCGCGGGGCAUUUCCCGAUGCGCAGGACUUUUCGGACAAGGGUGAGCUGGGAAACCAAGGCGUAUGGUUCGUUUACUCGAACGACAACAAGACGGUCAAUUAUACUUUCAACUGCCAGAACGCUACCGAGGGCCUCAUCUCGCCAUUUUCGGCAGGCACUACCGUCAAGAGCUUGUUCUUUCCGUACGAAGAGUACACGCUUGGAACUUCCGCGGCUACACUGAAUCUUGAAGGUUCUACUGAGACUAACGGUUGCCUGGGUAGCCUCGAGAUGCAACCAUGGAGCUACAAGCUGUUCGUACCGAAGGAUAAGUUUGCCGAACCUCGUCCGGCCAUCACUCGAGUUGUUCCGGGGCAUGACGCUCGCCUCCUAUCUCAAGCACGUGAAGAUGAACCUCAAACACUUGCCAUCGAAGUGCAUUUUUCAAGCGAGAUGGACUGCGAGUCUGCAACACGAAACUUUUCCAUUCGCUCGACAACCUCAACCGGGCAGAUCGCGCGUCUAAACACCUCCAGCGUCGUGUGCUCCGAUGUGACAGUACAGAGAGAGCAGCAGUAUGUGGGUCAGAUCGGUACGGCUUGGAAGAUGGUUGGAGAACUCGAGAAUGUCUACGAUGGCAUCCACGUAUACACACUCAACAACAUCUCUGCAGCAAGCACCGACCACUAUACCCAAGCCGUUGACCAUUUCAUGUUCCGCAUUGGUCGACCUGACAACCCGAUGGUGUUCCCUGCAACUGCAAAUUACUCCUCGUCGCUCCUCCACCGCGAUGAGGAAACGGGAGCGCUCACCGUCACUCACAAAGCUACUGGAGCAGAAAAAUGGCAGUACACUCUCACUUGGGGUGUUACGUGGAGCGAUUGGCGCGACUACACUUCUGUCAACGCAAGUAUCUCACCGCAGCCAUGGUCUGGCUCGAAGGACCAGGCAUGGGAAGGCGAGCACAUUGAGGUUCGCUACUGGAGCGAGAUGGCGGGAAGUAUGGAACACGUCAUGCACGGCGAUGUUGGAUCUGCUACUUCUCGUCGUUGGCCACAGAUGCAUGUCACUGGAGAGUGGAACCUGUAUGGCUUUGAUUCAGGUUUACCCGACAAGAUGAAGGAUACAGGUACCGGACAGUGGUAUUUCGAUAUGAUGACUGAGUAUCCAACAGACGUCAUCCUCAGCACAUGGGGCAUCAACCCUGAUGGUCAGCCAGACAAGUCAAAGCUGUUUGGCGACGUUGAUCAGGACGGUGUUCUUGAUUGGCUUCCUCCAACCAGUCUGGGGAAGAACGUUAUCAACAUCACCAACCCAGGAAUGCCUUACGUUGGUGUCAAGCUGAUUGCGAACGAUGGAGAUCUACGCUACACAUAUGAGCCGGUCGGUUCCGCAUGGAGACAGAUCGUCAUCUUCCUCCUCCUGAUAUUGAUCCCCCUUGUUUCCGGAACGUUUGCUAUCUGGCUGUUUCUGAAGUUUUUCUAUCAGGUCAAGUUCAACCAGCGCGGCAUGUCUGAAAAGCGAUCCACCAUCAUGGCCGGCUUACCAACGUUCUCGAGCGCCUACAGACAAAUUGGCGCUUUGAAACCAUGGACACCGAAGCCGAAACCCAUGGCCCUGUCGGACCCCCUACGCCAUGAAGGGUUUGCUCUCCAGAACGAGGGUCAUCGAAAGACGAUCCUCAUUGCAACCAUGGAGUAUGAAAUCGAAGAUUGGGCGCUCAAGAUCAAGAUUGGCGGAUUGGGUGUUAUGGCGUCGCUGAUGGGAAAGAACCUAAAUCACCAGAACCUCAUCUGGGUCGUACCUUGCGUCGGCGGUAUCGAGUACCCAAUGGACGAGAUCGCAGAGCCAAUGCAAGUUACCAUUCUUGGUCAACUGUACAGCAUCAACGUUCAGUACCACCAUUUCCAAAACAUAAAGUUCGUCCUCCUGGACGCACCAGUGUUCCGCGCGCAGACCAAAGCAGAUCCAUAUCCAGCUCGCAUGGAUGACCUUGAGAGUGCAGUCUACUACUCGGCCUGGAAUCAGUGCAUCGCCGAAGCGAUCAAGCGAUUCCCCGAAAUAGACCUGUAUCAUAUCAACGACUAUCACGGGACGCUCGCACCGCUCUAUCUCCUGCCGGACGCCGCACCUCCAUGCUGUCUAUCGCUUCAUAAUGCCGAAUUCCAGGGGUUGUGGUCCAUCAAGCGCCCCAAAGAUCUCGAUGAGAUCUGCAGAACCUUCAAUCUCAGCAAGGAGAUUGUACACAAGUACGUCCAGUUCGGCGAAGUCUUCAACAUGCUGCACGCAGGUGCAAGCUAUCUCCGGAUCCACCAACGCGGGUUCGGCGCUGUCGGUGUGUCAAAGAAGUACGGCAAGCGAUCGUUCGCAAGGUACCCCAUCUUCUGGGGCUUGACCAAGAUCGGAUCGUUGCCCAACCCCGACCCUACGGAUACUGCGCCUUGGAACAAAGAUGACAAGCUGCCAGACUCUAUCGCCAUUGACAACGAUGGUGAAACACAGCGCGGUAUGCUUCGGGCACAGGCGCAGGAGUGGGCUGGUCUACAAGUCGAUCCUAAUGCUGAGCUCUUCGUUUUCGUCGGGCGUUGGUCCCAGCAGAAAGGCAUUGAUCUCAUCGCGGAUGUAUUUCCUUCCAUCAUGGAAAAGAAUGCCAAAGCACAGCUCAUCUGUGUUGGGCCGGUCAUUGAUCUCUACGGGAGGUUUGCGGCUGCCAAGCUGCAGCGUCUCAUGGAGCUGUAUCCAGAGCGGGUAUGCUCCAAACCCGAGUUCACUGUUCUUCCGCCCUGUAUCUUCAGCGGUGCAGAGUUCGCGUUGAUUCCAUCGCGUGACGAACCUUUCGGCUUGGUCGCGGUGGAGUUUGGUCGCAAGGGUGCGCUCGGUGUUGGCUCUCGCGUGGGUGGUCUUGGAACUAUGCCUGGCUGGUGGUUUACGGUCGAAUCAGUCGCGACCAAGCACCUUGUCCACCAAUUUCAAAAGACAAUCAAAGCGGCAAUGGCCUCUCCUAAGGAAGUUCGUGCGACUAUGAGGGCGCGUUCGUCUCUGCAGCGAUUCCCAGUCGCUCAAUGGCUCGAAGGGCUCGAGCUAUUGCAGUCCGGGUCGAUCAGAACGCAUUCGCACGUAACCAACGCGCGUGCUUCCAAAAGGUCUGGUGCAAGCACGCCUGCCAUCUCUUCGCCGCUGCCUUCGGCGCCGGGAUCGACCUUUACCACUCCUGCGAACACUCGGCCUUCUAGUCGCAGGCCCAGCCGCGCUGCGAGCCGUGUCAACAGUCGGGCGACAAGUCCAAUCCGCGAAGAGCUUGAUAUCGAAUCUAUCCCAGCUUUGCCCGCCCCCAGUCCCGCAGUCACUCGACGAUAUGGUCCGAAUGCAUCAGGAUCAAACGACUCGCUAGCGUCCCUUGCAGAGAUCCAUCCUGCUAAUAACUCGAAUGGCUACCCCCUGUUCCCGAUCCCGAGUGCCACUGCGGCGGAAAAUGAAAACUACUUCGCGGGCGGUGACUUGAGGAGGGACAUUGGUCGCGCAGCUGUCUCCCGUAACAUGUCUCGUCAGAACUCUCAGGACUCAAACGUCUCUCAGCCGUCGAGAAGUGAUCCGGUUGAUCUGAUCGAACCGCAUGGUGAUCCGGACAGCCCCAGGUCUGUCGCGUCGUCCUCCGCGCAGGGCUUCAGAUCUCACCCUUCGCCGUCGGUUCUCAGCCUGCAGACCGUAGUCGGAGAAGAGAAGAACUACCGGAUGCAGAACGUCGAGCCCUUCUUCACCGACUCCCAAGGUGUCUACGCGAAGCAGUUCGAUCGCCUUCUUGGUGGGCUUAAUGGGCACACAUCGACCAACGAGCUGUGUAUCGAAGAGUUCAUCGUCAGAUCCGAGAAGAACUGGUUUUCACGCCUCCACGACGCUAAGCUUGGCGUGAAGCGAUCGCACAACAAGCUUACGAAGGUCGAGAAAGAAGACCAUGGGAGCAACAGCAGCAGUAGCAGUGGUUCGAGCGCAUCGGUCCAGAUGGGCAUCGUUGUCGAAGACGAGUUCGAGCUCGGUACCGACCACACACCAACAAAGGGCAUGAAGAGGAUCAUGCAGUACAAGAUCCGCGACUGGCCUGUGUAUUCUUUCCUGCUUGCUCUGGGUCAGAUUCUUUCUGCAAACAGCUACCAGGUCACCCUGCUUUCCGGAGAGAUCGGUCAGACUGCCAGCAAACUCUACGCUGUCGCCAGCAUCUACCUAGCAGGCUCGAUCGUGUGGUGGACGCUAUUCCGCACCUUGCAGUCUCGCUGUGUCAUCGCACUUCCCUUCAUCUGCUACGCUCUUGCCUUCUUAAUCCUCGGGAUGGCCCCAUACGGUUCUUCUAUCUCGGCCCGAGGCUGGAUACAAAACGUCGCAACCGGCCUGUACGCCCUUGCCUCUGGCUCUGGCUCUCUCUUCUUCGCCCUGAACUUCGGCUCCGAAGGCGGCACCGCAACGCACACUUGGGUGUUCCGCGCCUGCGUUGUCCAAGGCACACAGCAAAUCUACGUCACAGUCCUCUGGUACUGGGGCUCGCAUCUCUCCGCGUUGAGCUCCUCGGGGCAGAACCCCACGGGCUUCGCCACCAGCCCCUAUAUCACCGCCGUCACCACACCCGUGGCCUUUCUCCUCGGCGCAAUCGGCAUCUCCCUCUUCCUCGGACUCCCCGACUUCUACCGCAGCUCCCCCGGCAGCGUGCCCAGCUUCUACUCCGCACUGCGCCGCCGCAAAAUCAUCCUCUGGUUCUUCGUCGUUGUCAUCAUCCAAAACUACUUCCUCUCCGCGCCGUACGGGCGCAACUGGCGGUAUCUCUGGACGAGCAACCUUGUACCCGCGUGGGGCAUCGCAAUUCUCGUCGUCGUCUUCUUCGUGCUCGUCUGGAUCGCCGUCUUCACCGUCUUUCAGCGCCUCUCCAUCGAACACUCCUGGAUCUUGCCCAUAUUUGCCAUCGGUCUCGGCGCCCCACGCUGGGCGCAGAUGCUCUGGGGGACGUCCGGCAUGGGGUCGUUCAUUCCGUGGGCGGGCACACCGGCUGUCGGCGCGCUCGUCGGCCGUGCGCUGUGGCUGUGGCUCGGCGUGCUGGAUGCGCUGCAGGGCGUUGGCUUCGGCAUGAUUCUGCUCCAGACUAUGACGCGGUUCCACGUCGUGUUUACACUUACCGCGGCGCAGGUCGUGGGGUCUGUGGCGACGAUGGCGGCGCGGGCAUCUGCACCGGAUCGGCUAGGGCCUGGCGCUGUGUUCCCGAAUCUCGCGCUGAGUUUGGAUGGGCUUGGGGAUGCAGUGUUUUGGGUUGCAUUGGUGCUGCAGGGGGUCGUAUGUGUAGGGUUCUUUCUGUUCUUCAGAAAAGAGCAGUUGGCUAAGCCGUAG